GGGCUGGGGGGAGGCAUCAUGGGGCUCCAUGCGCGCGGUGGUGGGGCGGCGGCUGCAGCUGCGAGCAUGCUGGCGGCGAGGGCGGCGGCGGCGGGGGCACAUGGGGCGGCACGGCUGGGCCCGUCCAAGGUCCCGCUACCCAAGAUCAUCGCCCUAGCCCCAGGCGCCCUACCCACCCCCACCCUCACCUCCUCCUCCUCCUCCGCUGCGCUGCUGUCCGGCGGCAAGGCGGCACUGGCGGGUCUGGUGGGCGGGCUGGCCUCCGUGGCGGUGGCGGCGGGGCGCACACUGGGGUUGCCGCGACUGGGCUGCGAGUGGCCCUGGAUGCACCGGCCCGAGGUGGGUUCGCUGCCCUUCAGCGGCCGCCACAUCCCCCCCUGGAGCCACCUGGAUGGGGAGGUCUGGGCCGUGUACAACAGCAGCACCGCCGCGGGCAGUGCCGCUGUCAGCAGCAGCAGCAGCAGGCUGGGUGGCGGCAGUGGUGGCAACUCCAGCAGCGGCAGCGGUGGUCUGAGCUGCGAGUGGCUUGCAUGGGCGCAUCACGGCUGCCUGCACGGCCCCACGCACUUGGAGCGGCGGGGGCACGGACACGCCAACCCGCACCCCGCCGCCCGCAUGCUGCUAUCCAUCGAGAUGGAGCACCUGCUGCAGCAGCUCCCGCCCGAGCACCGCACCCCCCGGCCCCCGGGACCCGACGGCGCCGGCGGCAACACGCUGGCGGUGCCGCCAGGCGCUUCCGCCGGCUCCGACGGGGUGUACGAGGUGCGGCUGACUCAGCUGGCGGAGGCGCUGAGCCGCUUGGCACCGGAGCUGCCCGUUGUGUGGCUGGAGCAGCCCAUGCGGGUGACGGACCUGACUGGGCCCCUGGCGGCCGCCCACCAGCACUGGUCCACCCACUGCUGCGGCAUGUCCUGGCCCCGAUCAGUCAACCACAUCUGCUUCGGCAGAUACUGAGAUAGAGCGCAGGUGCUGUGGGGCACCGAUAAGCGAGAGGUGGUGCUCUCGUGCGUGGAGGGCCGCACACCCUGGUCGUCAAGAUGCUGACCUGGUUGAACCAUCAACCUUAUGUUGUCGAUCUACGGAAGGAUUGAGAUCCCCCGCUCGGCCGCACUCGGCUACUACCGGCUAAUGGGCAGUGGAUAGGGGGAGGGGGACGUCAGGUGUGGUGGUGCAUAGCUGGUAGUGGGACUUGAAGGUCCGCAGCAGGCCUCAGUGAUGAGCACAUGAGCCCUCGCCAAGCAUGUGGAGCCCGUGUAGAUGCCGUGGGAUGAUGGAUGGUGUUUAUGCCGUAUAUGUCGUACUGGUUGCUGUGAUCUAAAGGGCGUGACCUGGAGGGGCUUGUCGUGGUACGGCACAUGGUGACAUGUGGGGUGUUAGCGACCGCUGUCGGACGCUACAGGGGGGAUGUGCGUUACGCGGGUGGUAGCUGCAAGCGUAUAAUACCGGUGGGGGGUUGCUCUUGCGGUGGUGGAUGAACUUACGGCUGUGCAUGCGAGCGAGGCCAGGGGGUGCUGCGGCUGCUAGUGAUUACGAUGGAGUUCGGCAAGUGCAUGGAUGCCUGUUUUGUGGCCUAUGGCUGUAUGGUCUUAUGGCAUAUAAUCGACGACCCACGGUGCCCAGCCGUUGUCACGUGAGCCGGCCGUGUGUAAACUGUGACACAGCUGCCCAAUGAACGUUGCGCAGCUGCGAGCAACGCAGGGAGUGCUGAAUGUUGAAGGUAGCGCACG